ACGAUCGGUUACUUCAAACUGCUGUGAUCUCUCUCUAUGGAGGCAGGCAGGCAGGCAGGUGCUCGCAAUGAUUUCCCUCUCUUUGCCGGGAGAUAAGGCGAUGAUGGACGGGCUUCCACCCUCUCCCCUUUUUCCUCUAAUGCCAUGAUUGUCCCGGGAUGGCUUGCGUCGCUCAUACUUCUUCAGAUCUCGCUGCCCCUCCCCCGCAACAACUUUUUUGCAGGAGCACCAGCCACCAGGAGGAGGAGGAGAGCCUUGCAGCUGCUGGCCGGUUCUCAGCUCCGGGCUUCCGCUCGAUUUCAGCGCGCGCGCACCGCAUCUCCUUCCUGUUCUCUGUGCUCCUGCACCUGCCCCGUGCACGCACUCGAAGUAAAGUGGUCUGGCCGUCUGGGUUCCCCGUUCUCCUUUUGAGCGCGUCGGCAGACCACCGCACGUCACGCCGCAGCAGCUGCACUUGCAUCGCAACUUGGAACUGGAAAUGACGCCCGGAUUCUCCUGCAUGGAGGAGGGGGAGGAGGAGUAUGGGUAAAAGAGCACGAACGAAACACUGCUCGGAAGUCGGAACUGACGAGGGUCAAUUUUGAUCCGGGGUAGCAGUAGCAGUAGCACUAGCACACCACACGGACACGGCAUCUGCUCCUCCAUGGAUUCUCUUGCUUGGGGGGUAAAUAAAUAAAUAAAUAGAAUACGCACUGCACUGUCUGUACCAUAGUACUGUACAUAGAAAUGGCAACGGCUGCCCUUCCCUUCCCUUCUUCACCCACUUGUUUCAUCAGCUCACUUUCCUUUAACUGACGGGGCACGACCAAAAAAAAACCGACUGCACCUGUCAAAAAAAAAAAACACCAAAUUUCUCAGGCCUCCCUCCCCGCGUCGCUUUCGCCGGACACCACCACCUGCCGCUUUCCCCUCGCCCCUCCCCCUCCCCUCCUCCCCUCCCCUCGCCGCCCAUCUCCUCCGCCCCUUUUUGACCCCGGUUACGAAUCCGCACCAGGGCCUGCGGCGGUAUACUCGGUUCCCUGCCCCCCCACGACCACGCCGCCGCCUCCUCCCCACGCCCGCCCGGCGCUCCCGGAACCGCCGGUGAGUGUGAGUCCGCCUCCCUUCUCCUCCCCCGAGGUUUACCGCUGAGCUCCGCUGCUGAGUUCACCGCGUCUCCGGCCGUGCGGAGCUGCAAGCGGCGCCGGAGGGUCUUGUACCUUGGUGGUACUAUCUGGUUUUCCGAGCUUGGCAUUCACAUGAUGUAUCAUGCGAAGAAUUUUUCUGUGCCCUUUGCUCCGCAGAGGGCACAGGAUAAUGAGCAUGCAAGUAAUAUUGGAGGUAUUGGUGGACCCAACAUAAGCAACCCUGCUAAUCCUGUAGGAAGUGGGAAACAACGGCUACGGUGGACAUCGGAUCUUCAUAAUCGCUUUGUGGAUGCCAUCGCCCAGCUUGGUGGACCAGACAGAGCUACACCUAAAGGGGUUCUCACUGUGAUGGGUGUACCAGGGAUCACAAUUUAUCAUGUGAAGAGCCAUCUGCAGAAGUAUCGCCUUGCAAAGUAUAUACCCGACUCUCCUGCUGAAGGUUCCAAGGACGAAAAGAAAGAUUCGAGUGAUUCCCUCUCGAACACGGAUUCGGCACCAGGAUUGCAAAUCAAUGAGGCACUAAAGAUGCAAAUGGAGGUUCAGAAGCGACUACAUGAGCAACUCGAGGUUCAAAGACAACUGCAACUAAGAAUUGAAGCACAAGGAAGAUACUUGCAGAUGAUCAUUGAGGAGCAACAAAAGCUUGGUGGAUCAAUUAAGGCUUCUGAGGAUCAGAAGCUUUCUGAUUCACCUCCAAGCUUAGAUGACUACCCAGAGAGCAUGCAACCUUCUCCCAAGAAACCAAGGAUAGACGCAUUAUCACCAGAUUCAGAGCGCGAUACAACACAACCUGAAUUCGAAUCCCAUUUGAUCGGUCCGUGGGAUCACGGCAUUGCAUUCCCAGUGGAGGAGUUCAAAGCAGGCCCUGCUAUGAGCAAGUCAUAAGGCAAACUUCACCUUGACAGAAAAUUUUCAGAGUUGACCUCUCCACGAGAUGAGCAUUCUCAUGUGAAUAUAUAUUAUCUUAACAACAGAAUGUACGGGUUUUUGACCCUGCACCUGAUCCCUUCAGCCACGUCCAGUUAUUCUUAUCACUGUAGUAUCCAUCAACAAGUCCUGUAAUUAUGAGGAUGGUGUUACAGAGUUUCUAGCAAGCAUUUCCAUCGAGGGAAUGGCCCUGAGUUGAUCCAUGUAGCAAGAAAGAGAACAUGCUUACAAGCAAUAUAUUUGCUGUGAAAAGGGCACGCCCCUGGAUCUUCCUGAAGUUAUGUUGAUAAAAAAAAGAUUAUGGCAUAUUUCUGAAUUA